UCAGAAGGAUUUGUAUGUGGCGAUACAAAAUACAAAAACAUACAAAUUAAAUAUAUAAAAUAUAAAAAAAAUACACGCCGUACAAUACAUCAAAUUGACCUCGGAAUGACCGAAGUCACAGACAGCGGCAUACACGAUUGAGUUAGAAUAAAAUUUGCAUAAAUUUGAAUGUUAUUGUUGUAAACAUUCUGGGUCACGUACUGUGUUAUUGUACAACUCGAAGGCACACAACGCAUAAUCAGACAAGUAGAGGGUACGUGCUUUUAUCCUUUCUCGAAGUAUACAUUUAAUAAUACGAUUUUUGAGGGUCGUACGCUUCUUUUGACGAAUAAUCAAGUGUAAAAUCGGCGAGAGUAGAAACAAAUGUUGUUACUCACUGGACGAGUUUAACAUCGAAGUGGUUGUUUACAACCAAAGUGCAUGUACAUUUCCGUCGCACUUAUUUGUUAAGCUGCAUAAUGUACCACACAUACUCCACGAGUCCGACGUGCGGCAAAGGUUUUUUUCAUCUUUUCAAGAAAUCGUCGAAAAAAAAGGGAAACCUUAUUUAUGGAGAGAUUGAGGACUCAUCGCCGAAAAAUUCACCAGACACGAAAACACAUCAUGGCCCACAAUUGAUCACAAAGAAGGGGGGUCGUGACGAACAUUGCACCAGUAGCUCCCCUUCCACUUCGCCAAAGGUCGGAUCAUAUUUAUCGGAUGAAGAAAGAGAACUUGCGAUGGAGGACAUCACCAACUAUGACAUACCAACCAUUAUCAGCGAGCCAAUACCAGCAAAUGUGAUCUCGAUUCUCAAGAAGCUCCACCAUGAUGAUUCUUGUCAGGCCAAAGACGACGAGAACGAAUUGGUCGAUAUCGAGGAACAUAUGAUCCCCGACCUAAUGGCUACCGACUUUGGAGACUUGGAAAUAAACCAGGCGUGUUUGAGUGACGGGAAACACGAACACAAUGAAGCAGACAAUCAAAGAAAAAACAAACUGGGACAGAGACAUGUUUGCUGGGACCCAGACGUGAAGGACACGCCAGAAAGGUCAUGCUCUUACAGAAAGUACAUUGAAGGUUGGCAUCGAGAAUUCCAGCGUCAGCAACGUGAGAGAAAACAUAGAUAUGAACAAAUGCAACGCGAGGCAUGGAAAGAACCACAAGCGAAUCCCUAUCAUCAAAAAGUACGAUGUUCAUUUGGACCACUGAUUGGCUUUGGUUUCCCAUGUGACAUGAUGAUGUGAUAAUAUACCAGCAAACUAAUUCUAACAAGAGACAAGUGCUGUUGAUUGAGGUAUUGAUUGCUGUUGAUUGAGGUAACAAAAAAAAACUGAAUGAUCUAAAUAAUGUUGACACGUAACUAAACAUGGUAGUGGUUUGAUUGAAGUGGCAAAGUCACCACACAGCACUAUGUUUGGGUUCUAUAUGUGAUGCAUACAGUUUAUGUAAAAUUCAUUGUUUACAUAAAAUUCAAGAUGGUGCUUGACGACUUGCAAUGUACUUUAUCCAAGGCUAAUUCUUGUGCUCUCCUAGAACCAGCAUAUGGUUCACUGGAAUGGCCUUUGUCAGUGGUAUUCAACAAAAUCUUAAAUUAGAUAUACAUGUAGAACAAAAAAAUUAUUUAAAA